AUGGCGCAGGAGAAGUGGACUGCACCCGUGGUGAGGAAGACCUUCCUGGAGUUUUUUGAGGCCAAGGGACAUACGAUCGUGCCGUCGUCGUCGGUCGUACCCCACAAUGACCCCACGCUGCUAUUUACCAAUGCUGGGAUGAACCAGUUCAAGCCAAUUUUCUUGGGCACGGUCGGGCAGACAGAUGAUUUGGCUCAGCUGAAGAGAGCGGUGGAUACGCAGAAGUGUAUUCGUGCGGGAGGAAAACACAAUGAUCUGGACGAUGUUGGAAAAGACAGUUAUCAUCACACUUUCUUCGAAAUGCUAGGCAACUGGUCUUUCGGCGACUACUUUAAGCAAGAAGCUAUCGAGAUGUCAUGGGAGCUUCUGACGAAAGUCUACGGCUUGGAUCCCGACCGUCUUUAUGUCACAUACUUCGAGGGCGACGAGAGUGCCGGCGUGGAGCCAGAUUUGGAGGCCAAGGACUUAUGGAAGAAGGUUGGAGUUGCAGAUGAUCAUAUCCUGCCCGGAAACAUGAAGGACAACUUCUGGGAGAUGGGUGAUCAAGGACCUUGCGGACCCUGCAGUGAAGUCCACUACGACCGAAUUGGCGGUGGCCGAAAUGCUGCCCACCUGGUCAACAUGGACGACCCCAAUGUUCUCGAAAUCUGGAACAACGUCUUCAUUCAAUUUGAUAGACAAAAGGACCGCUCUUUAAAGACGCUGCCUGCAAAGCAUGUCGAUACGGGUAUGGGAUACGAGAGAUUGGUAUCGGUUCUGCAAGACAAGUCCUCGAACUACGAUACCGACGUCUUUCUACCGCUAUUCACCAAAAUCCAGGAAGUUACAAAGGCUAGACAGUACACCGACAAAUACGGAAAAGACGAUGUUGACGGAAUCGAUACCGCUUACCGUGUUAUUGCUGAUCACAUUCGUCUCUUAGCGUUCGCUAUUAGUGACGGAGGUGUACCAAGCAAUGUGGGCCGCGGAUACGUUGUUCGACGAGUCUUACGGCGUGGUGCUCGAUAUGCCGAGUCAUACUUCAAUGCUGAGAUCGGCAGCUUCUUCUCCAAGAUACUGCCUGCACUUGUUGAGCAAAUGGGCGAGCAAUUCCCUGAGAUUGUUGCGAAGCAGCAAGAAGUCAAGGAGAUUCUGGACGAGGAAGAAGAGGCAUUCGGUAGAACUCUAAAGCGCGGGCUGGUGAUGUUCGAGAAGUACGCUGCCCACGCCAUCAAGAACGAUAGCAAGAAGCUUUCUGGCGAUGAUGUUUGGCGGUUGUAUGAUACUUUUGGGUUUCCAGAGGACUUGACCAAGAUUUUGGCUGAGGAGAAAGGUCUCGAGACUGAUGAUGCCGAGAUUGAGAUCGCCAAAGAGAGAGCUCGUUUGGCUAGUAUGGUUGUCAAGGACACUUCGCAGACGUUUGCCAAGUUUGACGUACACCAAAUCGCGGAACUCGACAAGAUGGGUAUACCACGACCCAACGACGAUGCUAAGUUCUCGAAAGGAGAUAGCACUGCCAAGGUGUCCCUGGUCUACGACGGGAAGGCCUUUUUGAAGUCAACUGAGGGUCUUGAACCUGGCAAGCCAUUCGGUGUUUUGCUGGAUAAGACGAACUUUUACGCCGAGCAAGGAGGACAAGUUGCGGACACUGGUAAGAUCAUUAUCGAUGGUGUUGCUGAGUUCAAAGUUCGUGAUGUUCAAACCUACGGAGGCUACAUUGUCCACAAUGGUUACCUAGACUACGGCUCGCUAAAGGCUGGAGACGAGGUUAUCUGCGAGUACGACGAACUUCGGAGACAACCUAUCCGCAACAAUCACACCGGCACACAUAUUCUCAACCACGCUCUACGAGAACAUCUCGGUGAGGAUAUCAACCAGAAGGGAUCUCUCGUCGACCAAGACAAGCUUCGAUUUGAUUUCUCCCACAAGGCUCAAGUCAGUCUGCCUGAGCUGAAGAAGAUUGAGGAUUCGUCCAACGCGUACAUCAAGCAGAAUUGCGAGAUCUACGCCAAAGACGUUGAUCUUGAUCUUGCCAAGGGCAUCGAGGGUGUGCGUGCUGUGUUUGGCGAGACAUAUCCCAACCCGGUUCGUGUUGUUUCCGUCGGCGUCCCAGUUGACGAGCUCCUGGAGAACCCCAAAAACCCCAAGUGGAGAGAAGUCAGUGUCGAGUUCUGCGGUGGGACUCACGUGGAGAAGACGGGGCUCAUCAAGGAUCUGGUUAUUGUAGAGGAGAGCGGUAUUGCCAAGGGGAUCCGCCGCAUCAUCGCUUACACCGGUGAUGCUGCCCAGAAGGUCCAACGAGACGCCAUUGAAUUUGGCAAGAGAAUCGAGGCUUUGGAGAAGAUGUCACACGGUGCCGAGAAGGAGGCUGAAGUAAAGUCUGUACAGAACGACUUGAACCAACUCACCGUCGCAACUCUGACCAAGGAUGAGCUGAAGACUCGCCUCGCUAAGGUUCAGAAGGAGAUUCUCGACGAGCAGAAGAAGAGACAGAAGGCCGAGUCCAAGACUGCGCUGGAUUCUGUCACGGGUCACUUUUCGACGAACCAGGACAGCAAGGUGUUUGUUGGUGCGCUGCCGAUCUCUGCGAAUAUGAAGGCUGUGACGGAUGUCAUGAACCACUUCAAGUCCAAGGCGAAGGACAAAAGUGUGUAUCUUAUUGCGGGCAGCAAGAGCGAGGUUGUGCACGGUGUUUACGAUCACUCUUCGAAGGGGGUCACUGCCGAGCACUGGGCCGCAGCCGUCUCCGAAGUCCUGGGUGGCCGCUCCGGCGGGAAGGAACCGACGCGAACGGGCCAAGGCACCAACCCCGAGAAGAUCGACGAGGCAGUCAAGGUUGCGGAGAAGUGGAUUGCCGAGAAGCUGCAAUGA